CGCGAUGUAGGCGUCAACCUUGAUGCAGCAGACGCUAAGGCUGCUGAUCAAGAGCCUGAUGAAAUCGAUGCAUUUUCAGAUGUCGACUUCGUAGAGGCGGCUAAAGAUCUAGGAAUCGAGUUUGACCUAGAACCUUCCGAUGCUGAUGAGCUGCAGGAACAGGAAGAACAAGAGGAUGAUAUGACCUGA